AUGCGCCUGAUCAAUGUUGAUAAACUCCAUCUGGAGGAAUUUCAUGGAUCAAAACCCUGUUAUGCUAUACUCUCACAUACAUGGGGAGCCGAUCACGAGGAAUUGUCAUUCCGCGAUAUCACCGAGAACAGUACCAAAAGAGAGAGUUUACCAUUCAAGGUCGCGAAAUGCUGCGAACAGGCAAAAAUGGACAGCAUUCAAUAUGCAUGGGUUGACACAUGCUGCAUUGACAAGACCAACUCAGUCGAACUCGGCGAAGCCAUAAAUUCCAUGUUCCGAUGGUAUAAUGAAGCUGCCGUUUGCUAUGCCUACCUAGCCGAUGUCACCAUGGAGGAUAAUAACCCUUUCCCACUGACUCAGUUCAGUUCAUGCCGCUGGUUCCAACGAGGCUGGACCCUACAGGAGCUUCUGGCUCCUGAUAAACUUCGCUUCUUCGAUUCAGGGUGGCACGACCUCGGAACGAAGGCGAAAAGAUCAGGUAUCAUUGACCGCAAAUUUGGAAUACCGCGUCGGUUCUUGCAAGGAACCCCAUUAAGUGAGGCAAGCAUCGCUCAACGUAUGUCCUGGGCCUCCAACAGAGUCACAAAACGGGCGGAAGACAUUGCCUAUUGCCUUCUUGGAAUCUUCGAUGUGACUAUGCCGAUGAUCUAUGGUGAAGGGGCCGAUCGAGCGUUCACUCGUCUUCAGCAAGAAAUCAUGAAAAAUUCGAGGGAUGAGUCGAUUCUGGCGUGGGGGAUAUCCAGCCCGGAGCAUUAUCUGCAUGAUUCAAAGGAUAAUAAGACCUUGUCAGCCGGUGUACUUGCCGCGUCCCCCGCUGACUUUCGAGGUUGUGAGAAUAUUGUUCCGCGUAUGAACGGGACCAGGUCUCCAUGCACGUUCCAGAUUGAAGGGGGCUUGGUUCGAGUCGAUCUGUCUCUACACCAAGACAAAAAUGGGCUUUUCGGUUUGCUCAACUGCGGUCCGUUAAAAUCGAACACUCUUGUAGCAAUCCCGCUUUCGAAAAGCCCGUCCGGUGAGUACUACCUUAGGCCACAAGAUCAUCGUGCAAUGAUCCACGACUCGAUUGCGACCAAGACACCAGCUCAGCCGGUCCAUAUUCUAAUCGAACGACAUAUGAAAACACCCCCGACAGCUAGCUAUAACAAUUAUUUCUUCGUCGAGGACCCUAUCGAAGCAGGGCUGAUGCUUGUUGAAGUUGAGCCGCCAGAUCGCUGGUUGCAAGAUCGGUCUAUUAUUACAACAUCGAGUGACCCUGCUGAUCAUGCUGUCCAAAAGCUCUGGACCCGGUUCCGCUCUGGAGGUGAAGACUCCAGCGACUUCUUGGUGUUGCUUGAGUAUGAUACGCAGGGCUCCCAAGCGCAGGCUCGAUGUCACAUGAUGAUAUCUUCCAGUGCCACAUCCCUCCAAGAUCUGGCCCAGAGAUCCGGUUCUAUGAGAGAGGAGGCAUUCGGUAAACAAAGUGCUAGUGACGGCACGCUCAAUAUCCAGGCAAGUGUGGAACGAGACGACAUGCAGAAAAUAUUUGUGGUGAUAUUAGCCGCCACGCCGAGUCCGCCCAGUGUCACCAUUAAUGCCACAUUUGAGUUAGAAGUACUGAAGUUUAAGCUUGAAAUGGAGGACGUCAUGAAGGAGGAAGAUGAUUUGCGCCACGAAACAGACAAUCUCGACCAGCAUGAAUGGGAGAUAAAUUCCUCCUUGAAAACUGCCAAGGCAGGCUUGAUUGACGUAGAAGGGGAAAUAGAAAAGUGCAAUGCGCUGAAAGCCCGGCUACUCGACACGAUCAGCAGAGCGACACAUGAUACAGCGAAUGCCAGUACCCGGGCGGAGAAAAUCAGGCAACGGAGAGCCAUGUUGUCGGAACGCAGACGGUCACUUGAAAGGAAAUUAGACGGUAGGCAUCAAACAGUGUUGGAGACUGGAUAUGGUCUACUUCUGUAUCAGACUGGAGGCAGGGCAGCAGAAGCUGAGGCCGAAUUGGCGAAAUUGGUGGAAGAUAAUAUUGAUUUGGUGAAACACAUUGAUAAUAUGUUAAGGUGUGAUGCAUUCCUUCGACGAUUCUUCUCUGAUAAAACGAAAAGGGGUUUCCUGGUAUACUUAUGGAAGAAGGCUGAGAAUAUGUAUUCCGGCCACGGGCUGAAGGCCCACUACGAAAAGCCUAUGGCCUUGACAGUCAAGACGUCCAUGUACCAGCAAGUGUUUUACUGCGAUGAUAGCUCAGAGAUGAGACGCGAAUAUCGUUGGGAUGUCCAGAAAGAACUCGUCAAGCAGUUGGCCAAUGUCACCACCCAACUGCUCCCUGCGGGUAGAGGUGUUGGGCUACGUUUUGUUAACUGUAAGGUUGAUAUAUCCCCUAACCUCGCAGUUGACCAGGUGAAGAAGAUCUUGGAUUCCGCGCCAUUGGGCUCCGGUGGCAACACUGCAAUUGGCACAAACCUAAGAUCGAGGAUUCUCGAGCCGCUAGUCUACAGCAAAGUCAGUUUCCAGAGACUUGAUAGGCCGCUGCUUAUAAUUAUUACUAUUGGUGGUUGCCCGGAGUCUAGAACUGAAUCUGAAUUUGUGAAAGCUAUCAUCGAAUGCGGCAGGAAGCUAGAGCUCGCUGGAUACCCCCGUCGCACUGUGGUAUUUAUGAUCUACCAAAUUGGAACAAGCAAAAAGACUUCGAAAUUUGUACGACGCCUUAAGGAUAAUCCCGAUCUCUUUCCUAUGAUAUCCGUAUUCGCGGAGUGGGAAGAAUAUAUUGAGGAAGAGACUUUACCAACCUACAAUGCUGAGAAAUACUACCCCGUUCGCCUCGGGGAGAUUCUGCACGGUCGAUAUCAAGUCGUUGCCAAGUUGGGAUAUGGUGUCACUUCUACAGUCUGGCUCGGUCGCGACUUAAGUGAUUCCAAGCAUAAUCACGAACUUGAUGUUUAUGAUCGCAUAGAUGCGGUUGAAACAGACCAUGCGGGUCAAAAUCUUAUUCGUAAACUAUGGGGACACUUCUUCCUAGAAGGUCCUCAUGGCCGUCACAUGUGCCUCGUGCAUCAACCACUUGGCCUUAGUGUUGAUCAGUUCCUAUAUUUCUUUCCUGGAAGAGUGAUGAGACUUGACGCCGUGAAGCCCUGCAUGCGACAGGUAUUAGGUAUAGUCGAUUUCCUACAUACUGAAGCGCAGGUCAUACAUACUGCUAUAAAUCUACUACUCCCGGGUGACCCAAAGAAUUUCUCGGGUCGUGAAGAUUCAGAGAUUGAGGCACCCUCGCCAAGAAAGGUGCUUGGUUCUGAGCGCACAAUUUACACCAGCCAUAUCGUUGUCCCCGGCAAUGGAUUACCAUUGCUCAGUGACUUUGGAGAAGCUCGCUUCACCCAAGAAGAACAUGACGAGGAUAUCAUGCCAAAUCUCUACAGGGCUCCCGAGGUGGUGCUAAAGAUGAAUUGGGAUAGCAAGGUGGAUGUGUGGAGCAUUGCCCUGAUGGCCUGGGACAUGGUUUGUACCCGAACACUAUUGGAUGGUAGAAACAGUGAUGGUAUUUUCGAUAAUCGAGUCCAUCUUGCGGAAAUGGUUGCGAUUGUGGGACCACCUCCCACUGACUUCAUUAAGCGAAGCAAAGUAGGCUCGGUAUUUUGGGAUAAGAAUGGCAAAUGGAAGGACCUUGCACCGGUGCCGGAGAUGACACUUGAGGAACGGGCGGCUGAUAUCCAAGGACCUGACAAGGAAGCAUUCUUGAAUCUUAUGCGCAGAGCAUUAACAUGGGAACCCAAGGACAGACCAGCCGCAGGAGAACUGAUAUUUGAUGAGUGGCUUAUGAAGGGAUUGCAGCUUCCUGCUCAUCUGUCGAAGGAUAUCUAGUUGUGAUGCGAUUUAUUUUGCUGGUUUAUUUGUAAAGUGACGAAUUUGGCGAGUUAUACCUCUUAUAGCGCACAAGAAGAACUCAUCCUAUUUGUGUAACUUGAAGGC